AUGUCAAAUAUCUCAAUGGCUAUGGAGCAAAUGCUCCCGGAAUUCAAAGAUUAUGAAAAAAAGAAUUUAUUUACAAAGCUUGAAAUCAAGAGCAUCGCUGCAAAGCGCAAGAAGCUUGAAACUGCGCUUGGGAAGAAGACUCCUUGUCAGUCUGAUUACCUCAAGUACAUUGAAUAUGAAAUUACACUCGAGAAUCUAAAGAGGAAGCGUAUGACAAGGUUGAAAAUAGCUCUCACUCCUUCGCCUGCUCUCUACGCUAUCCAAAAGAGAAUCCUUCAGCUAUUCGAUAAGGCUACAAAUAGAUUCAGGAACGAUAUUUCCUUGUGGUUAAAGUUCAUCGAAUAUCUGAAGAAAUCUGGCGCUAAUAAACUUCUGACCAAGACAUUCGCGAAGGUCAUCAAUUUACAUCCAUCCAAUCCUCAGCUAUACAUAUUGGCUGCUUCUUGGGAGCUCAACAUCAACAUCAGUCCUCACAGCGCUAGAACUCUCUUACAAAGAGGUUUAAGGUUGAAUUCUUCCAGUUUGGAUUUAUGGUUGUCGUAUGCCAGAAUGGAAUUGGUCUUUGCUGAAAGACUCAGGCGACGUCUCGAGUUUGAUCAAAAUUUUACUGAGAAUACUGACCCCAGUGAAGGCGUUGAAAAUGACUUAAACCAAGAAAAUACCGAUGAAGCUAACAAUAGCAUCAAGUUCAACUCUAACGAAUCUGACAACAAGGUCAUGGAUGGCGCUAUUCUUAUCGCUAUCGUUGACAACGCUAGAAAGACUAUGCCUUCGGAAUCUCAGUACGCCUUUUUUAGCUCUCUCGUCACUCUAAUUAGAGAAUUUCCUCUACCAACCAUCGUCAAACACUCCCUCCUUAAUCACACAUACCAAUCCCUCAGACUCGCUUUACCUCAUGACGCCGAUGCUAGGCUCAUGAUUGCUGUAAGAGCUGUUGAGAAUGCUCCAGAGGAAGCCGGCGUUCUCGAUAAGGUUCAAGGUUUAGAUGUUGCGUGCAACGCCCUAACCACUGCUAUGGUUGAGCUCCAGCAACCUCUCAUGUCUCAAAAGGGUCUCAUCUGGCUCAUUCAACGUUAUCAAGAUGAGCAAGACAUCAAUCUUAAGCAGUAUCUCAAUCACUUUAUCACCACUUCCUUCAAGAGCACAAAAUCCAAAAAGCUUCUCACCUCAGAAGCCUACCUUGCAUACCUCAACCACCUGCGGUCAUCAGGCGAAAGUGAGGAUAACAUUAUUAAUCUAGUUGAUCAUGCGUUAUCAAGGUAUCCACAAUCACCACAACUGCAUUUGUUCAAAUUGGACCUCCAGCCAUCUACAAAAGCAUACCAAGAAGCGCUCCAAAUGUGCCCAACGGUGUGGGAGCUGUAUGAACGCUAUGUGUACUACUCCCUCAAUGAUCUCGACUCUACAGCUAUCCUAAGGCUGUUUGAGAAACUCGUCGCCGAUUCAAUUCAAGGUGCAGCACUCAUCAGAGCCAACGCUGAGGAAUACGAGAAUGGAAACCUCACUAUACACGACAGACUGCUGAAAGUAUUCGUCGAGACUAACGCAUCUCAUAAUUUCACUCCACUGUCUCCUCGUCAGCUAUUUCCUGCAUCGUUUGUGACAAACCCAUCACCAAAGUUCUUUGAAUGGAUACUGUCACUAGAUAGUGGUAUGAGCGAGGAUCUCACCAAGAAUUUGUUCAGAAAGUGGUCUGAACACCCUCAAUCGGAUAGCGUACAGGUUAGUUUGAGUAAUCUCAAAUGGUUGCUAUCCAUUAAUCAAAGCUCACUCGCUUUUAACACGUUCAACUCUACCCUUGCUCACCUCACAAGUGAUUACGAUAAGGUGCGACUUGAGGGUGGAUGGCAGCAUCUUUUGAAUGGUGAGAAGAAGGAAGAUAAUGACAACACGCUUAUGGAAGAGUGA